AUGUCUUCUUACGACCUCUGUGCUCCCACCCCCUGUGACCCAACUCCGUUGGCCAAUAGCUGCAACGAGCCCUGCGUCAGGCAGUGCCAGGACUCCACGUAUGCCAUCCAGCCUCCUGCCGUGGUGGUGACCCUGCCUGGACCCAUCCUCACCUCCUUCCCCCAGAACACCGCUGUGGGAUCCACCACCUCCGCCGCUGUGGGCAGCACCCUCAGUUCUGAGGGAGUUCCCAUCUCCACCGGCAGCUCCUUGGGAUUGGGGAGCUUUGGUUAUCCAGGCAGUGGCUCCAGCCGGUUCUACCGCCGCUACAACACCUACCGGGGUGGCUUUAAUGAGCCAUGCUAA